GGCGAGCUGCCGAUCGCUGCUGUUCCUUAUUCGGGCGGGAUGGAUAGCUGAGGGAGAGGGCAGCAGAAUCCCUAACACAGCACGAGCUAGAGCAAGGGCACGCGACUGGGAGCCAACUAGGGGAGGGGGACCAGUACCUCGCCAGCCAUUCAGAAGCAGAGGACUCUGGUCUCCUCAGCAACGGGCCUUGGAUGGCCAAGACUGCACCUCCCCUUUUCGCGCCCUGCUGGUCGUUAAUAUCUUCCUCACUCUUCACCCGCUUCAACCUGGCACAGGAACGGAGCCUUCCCUUCCCUUCUAGAAUUUGGGCUGAAGGAGGCGAAGAUUCUGUCUUUUUCCUUCUCUCCCCCUCCCCAUCCUUUUUCUUCCACACUCCACCCAGAAAUGAUCUAGUGAAAACUGGAGGUGAUUUCCUCCCGCUCUCUGCUACAGCUACUCCUUCUGUCUGUGGUCUGGGAAGGCUGCAAGAACAUCCUCAUUGCUCAGUUUGUUUGAGAAUCUAGGAGGGAAGAUUAUUUUUGCCGAGAGGGUCGUUUUUAAUGUGAAGGAGGGAAUAACCUAUAUAUCGUGGGGGAGGAGGGUUCUUGAUGGUUCCCAAUCAUGGGGAAGGAUCAGGAACUGCUGGAAGCUGCUCGCACUGGGAAUGUGGCUUUGGUGGAGAAACUCCUGGCUGGCAGGAAAGGAGGGCUUCUGGGCAGUGGAUCUGGACCUAUUCCGUUAUCCAACUUGCUGAGCAUCUGGCGAGGACCAAAUAUAAACUGCACAGAUAGUUCGGGGUAUUCUGCUUUACACCAUGCAGCUUUGAAUGGACACAAGGAUGUAGUUAUCAAAUUACUUCUAUAUGAAGCAUCCACUAAUGUGGCAGACAAUAAAGGGUAUUUUCCCAUACACUUGGCUGCUUGGAAAGGAGAUGUAGAGAUUGUGAAGAUUCUUAUCCAUCAUGGGCCAUCACAUUCCAGAGUGAAUGAACAGAACAAUGAAAAUGAAACAGCUUUGCACUGUGCAGCACAGUAUGGACACUCAGAAGUGGUAGCUGUUCUUUUGGAUGAACUAGCAGAUCCUACUAUAAGAAACAACAGAUUAGAGACUCCAUUGGAUUUGGCAGCCUUAUACGGGCGUCUGCGAGUGGUGAAGAUGAUAAUCAAUGCAUAUCCAAACUUGAUGAGCUGUAACACGAGGAAACAUACCCCUUUGCACCUUGCUGCACGUAAUGGCCACAAAGCUGUUGUACAAGUGCUUCUAGAUGCUGGAAUGGAUGUCAGCUGCCAAACAGAAAAAGGAAGUGCACUGCAUGAAGCUGCUUUGUUCGGAAAGGUGGAUGUGGUACGCAUUCUGCUAGAAAGAGGAAUUGAUGCUAACAUUAAGGACAGUUUGAACAGAACUGUUUUAGAUACACUUAAAGAACAUCCUUCUCAGCAGUCACUUCAAAUUGUUGCACUACUUCAAGAGUACAUGGAAACAGGAAAUGCAAGAGUUCCAGAAGAACCCUUACAGGAAUGCUCAGAGCCUGCUUAUGAGUCCUGUGCUUUGUCUCCAGAAGUUUCCCCAUCACAGAAGACAAAAAGUGAAGCAGUGACUGGAGAGUUAUCAAAGCUAUUAGAUGAAAUCAAACUGUGCCAAGAAAAAGAUUAUUCAUUGGAAGAGCUGUGCAAUACAGUAUCAGAACAUUACUUGGACAAUGUUAGCAAAGUAUCAGAAGAAGAACCAGGGAUGAAUGGAAGUCAAGUCAAACAUAACAUAAGACCAUCUUCAACCAAUGUAUCACCAGCAGAGGAAGAAGAAGAAGAAGAAGGAGGUGAAAGUUGUGGACCUACAGGAUUGUGGGAAGCUCUGACACCCUGUAAUGGAUGUAGAAAUCUUGGGUUUUCUAGUCUUACUCAGGAGUCAUUUCCAAAGAAGAGGAGUUAUACACUGGAAGCAGUGCCAUCUGCUUCUUCUGAAACAUUUCCUGCAGAAAAUGAGAAUGAUCUCUGUGAUUUUCUAGAUGCAGCAGUUACAAAGAAACCUUGUUCUUUAGAAAUAUCAAGAGGACCUUCAACAAGAACAGAUAAUGCACCUCAAGUAGCAAUUAUUGCACCAGGUACUGGUAACCAUAGAAACAAUUCAACAGGCCCAACACCUGACUGCUCUCCUCCCUCACCAGAUACUGCGCUGAAAAAUAUAGUGAAAGUUAUACGACCUCAGCCCAAGCAACGUACAUCAAUAGUGUCAUCAUUUGAAUUUCACCGUUCAAAUAACAGCCAUGAUUAUUUUGAAAUCAACUCCUCCAUUGGAUAUGCAAGCUUUACUUCCAGUCCUCCAAUCAGUCCAGCUAACUAUUCCAUUGGAUCAGUAGAGGGCAGCAUUGAAGAUAAUGACAUCCCAGAAACCCAGCAAACAUCCAUUGAAAGUGACCUUCUUGAAGCAAAUCCUUCUGAGCAAUUUGCUGGCCUACUUCAUGGAUCAUCACCCGUUUGUGACCCACCUGAAAAUCCACUUCAGUUAUACAGGAAAACCAACUCUGUUAAUGAAUUGCGCAACAAAAAUAGUUUGAACAGGAGUAUUUUUAAUCCAGUGCAACUACAGCAAGACAACAGCACAGAUCCCCCAGUGAAAAAGGAAAAGCCACCAGUUUUAAGCAGAACUAUAUUUCCUUCUAAAAGUAGUAUAAUUGAAGCAAAUACACUUGCCAGUAUCACAAGAACUGGGGAUCAGUGGGUUGUUAAUGCUGCAGGGUUUGUGGAACGUGCUUGCACACUCGGGAGGAUACGAUCUUUGCCAAAGACACUGCUUGAUAUGCAUUUAUCCAAAUAUGUUUCAAAAUCAGACUCGAACCUCAUUUCCCAUCCACCUAAUGAGCAAAAAGCAAGAAGAAAGUGGAAUGAAUCUACAGCAGACCCAAAAAGCUCUAGAGAAAAUUCUGAAAGAACACCUUCGUUUACUUCAGAAUGGGAAGAAAUUGAUAAAAUAAUGAGUUCCAUAGAUGCUGGCAUUAGCACUGGGCUAGGCGAGAUUAGUGACGGCAUUGCAACACCUAGAUGCCCUGUCCAGACUGUGGGACAAUGGUUGGAAAAUAUUGGGCUAUCUCAGUAUGAGAACCACUUGCUGGCUAAUGGAUUUGACAAUGUACAGUUUAUGGGAAGCAAUGUUAUGGAGGAUCAGGAUCUGUUGGAAAUCGGAAUACUUAAUUCUGGACACAGGCAAAGAAUUCUACAGGCAAUUCAGCUCCUUCCAAAGAUGAAACAAAUAGGCAAUGAUGGCUACCACCCCACCUCUGUAGCAGAGUGGCUAGAUUCCCUGGAACUGGGUGACUACAUCAAACCCUUUCUGAUAAAUGGUUAUACGUCGAUGGACCUUGUGAAAAAAAUCUGGGAUGUUGAAUUAAUUAAUGUUUUAAAAAUCAGUUUGCUUGGCCACAGAAAACGCAUUUUGGCCUCACUGGGCGACAGGCUUCACGAAGAUCCACCUCAGAAACCACCACGGGCUAUAACCCUCAGGGAACCAAGCACUGACCAUACUCCUCCUCAGUUGUCACCCUCACUCAGCCAAAGCACUUACACUACUGGUGGCUCACUGGACGUCCCACAUAUUAUCAUGCAGGGGGAUGCAAGGAGAAGAAGAAAUGACAGCUAUUUUGAUGAUAUUCCUCGGUCAAAACUUGAGAGACAGAUGGCACAGCAGUCAUCUGUCUGUGAGAUAUGGACCAACCAGAAUGCAGGAUAUCCUUACACAGCAGUCCAUCAGGUUCAUAAUACGGGAGACUGGGGUGAACCUUCAAUUACCUUACGGCCACCUAAUGAAGCAACAGCAUCAACACCAGUACAGUACUGGCAGCACCAUCCAGAAAAACUCAUCUUCCAGUCAUGUGAUUACAAAGCAUUUUAUUUAGGUUCUAUGCUGGUAAAAGAACUAAGAGGUACAGAAUCAACCCAAGAUGCUUGUGCAAAAAUGAGGAAGUCUACAGAACAAAUGAAGAAAGUCCCUACUAUUGUUUUAUCAGUUUCUUACAAAGGAGUAAAAUUUAUUGAUGCAACAAAUAAGAAUAUUAUUGCUGAACAUGAAAUUCGUAACAUUUCCUGUGCUGCACAAGACCCGGAAGACCUCUCUACAUUUGCUUACAUCACAAAAGACUUGAAGACAAAUCACCAUUACUGCCAUGUGUUCACUGCCUUCGAUGUGAAUUUAGCUUAUGAAAUAAUUCUCACAUUGGGACAGGCAUUUGAAGUAGCCUAUCAACUAGCACUUCAAGCUCGAAAAGGAGGCCAUUCUUCAACUCUUCCUGAAAGCUUUGAUAAUAAACCUACCAAACCAAUUCCUAAACCACGUGUUAGCAUUCGAAAAUCUGUGCAGAUAGACCCCACUGAACAAAAGACUCUUGCCAACCUACCUUGGAUUGUAGAACCAGGACAAGAAGCUAAAAGAGGAAUAAAUACCAAGUAUGAAACCACAAUUUUCUGAUAGCGAACUGUCUCCUCUGUUUCUUGUUGUGCCUUGCACUCAAAGCAGUCAUAGCACAGCCUUUCCUUGAUGGCAAUUCUUCAAUCCAGUAGAGGGGAAGACUGCACUAUAUGAGUGGCCUUGAAACUAGCAAAAACAAAACAAAAAAAGGCUGCUGGUCAUUUCUGGUGAUUGUUCUUCCUGCAGCACUGACAGAAGAAUGACAUGGGAUGGAGACUUCUCAAUUAUAGCCCACAAGAGGAGUGGGAGAUUGUUUUUCACGCACGCACUUCUCUUAUGACUUUGCCACAGUGCUUUCUUUGAUUUCAUAUUUUAACAUUCUACUUUUACAAAGGUCUCUCUAACAUUAAUGCUGCUCAGUUGUGGUUUUUUUUUUUUAAUUUCAGAUAUGGCAGUUUUUAUUUGAAAAGGACCCAGAUCGUUUAAUACAAUAUUUGAGAAAUGGUUAUGAAAUCAUGGAACUCUUCCAUAAAUUAAUUCUAGUAUAUUUAAAACAAUUAACAAUGAUAAAAAAUUAGUUUCACUGUUUUCUGUAUUUGCUGGUUUUAUGUAAUCCUUCAUGCCAUUUAAUCAUCUAAAGAAAUAAGGUUCUAUAUAGCAGUGUAACAAAGAAUCAGAGUUUUAUGAAUGGCUUGAAAAAAAGAGGAAUUAAUAAUAAUGCAUGGAAAAUGCACCUUGUAUUAAAUAUUUUUGUGGGAGAGAGGAAAACUAUAAGAGCUAGUAUGAAUAUUUAUGAUAAAGGAAGUCAUGAAUUAUGAAAAGAGUUUGGAUUUAUUUUAAAGUUAAAUAAGCCAUUGUUAUUGUACUAUUUGCAACAGCAGUAACAGUGAGGGACUCGGUGAGCUGGAUGCUUCACAUGAUAGGAGCAAAACAAACCUGCCCAGCAAUUGCACUACAGGUAUGUGCAGAUGUACACAGUUUCUCAAGCUAUAGCCAUGAGUUUAUCAAUUUUUAAAAAUCUGAGAGGUGGUUUUAAUCAUACUAGGAAUUUUAUCAAACUUUCUGCUUCAGAAAGCUGGUUUUAAUGUAAAAGUUCAACACACAAGUUUUUUUUCCUAAAUAAACACAAAUUCCAAAGUAAUAAAUAGUUUCCACAAAACACUGUUGAGCAUUGGCUUGACAUUAGACACAAUGAGAUUUGCUUACAAUUUUCUUUGAAGUAUUUUAAUUUUUAAUGUCUUUGUGGAGUAUUUGUAUAAUAACAUUAUGUAUAUUUCAAUGGAACUGAAUGGACAAACAGCGAAAAUAUCAAUCAUAGGCGGAAAAUGACAUUUUAAUGUAUAUUCUAUCCAGUCCAAUUGUGAAUCAUUUUGAACAUUAUAGAGAUAUUGAUGAAUUGUGUGGUUAAUGUUUUUUAUUAUUCUUUCAUAUUUAACUGAAAUAUUUCAGUUACACUCAACAACUGAAUUUUUAAAAAAAUUGAUAACAGAACUUGAUUUAAAAUUGUAUAUGGUUUAGUUGAACCUAAUCAUAGCUCUAAAAGACAAAAACCUUUAAUACAGUAUUCAGUUUACUUGAACCAAUCAGCUCCUUGUACAUAUUUUGCCUAUUCAUUGUUGAUAUGUAUGUAGUAGGCUGACAGUAAACACUGAAAAAUAUAGUACCAAAAGGAAUAUUGUAUAGGAAAAAAAGUAAAUAGUAGCCUCACUGCAACAAAUAAUUCUAUGUAAAUAUGCUUGGGCUUCCAGUUAUAAAUUUUGUAAUUUUGUCAUUAUUUAUAUCCUAUAAAAGCACACAAAAUAAACUGAAGUUGUACAGUCA